AUGCAACAUCCUUAUCCGACCUCCUUUCACUAUUCUUAUACAGACUCCGAGGGACAGACUAGCACCACAAAUACGCCAAUGGAGUCCCCCGCCUAUCCGCCACCGUAUCCCUGCUCCCAGGAGCAGUACGAUAUGAACCAGUCGGUAAAGCGUGAAAAACGGAAGUACCGUUGUCGUAAGCGAAGUCCUGCCACCAUCGAGAGAGCCCGUAUGAUCCGAAGGGAUAAAGCGAAUGCUCGUGAACGUCGUCGAAUGAACAGUCUAAAUGAUGCGUUGGAGCAUCUUCGUACGCUGUUGCCUACAGAACCAGAAGAACCCAAAAUGACAAAGAUAGAAACACUUCGAGUCGCUCAAGGGUACGUUUCUAACCCUUCCCUCACCAACUGGGCAUUUGGGGUUCCUCUGUUAACUGCAACGCUGCAAUUUCAGGUGAAGCGUGAAAAAAGGAAGUACCGUUGUCGUAAGCGAAGUCCUGCCACCAUCGAGAGAGCCCGUAUGAUCCGAAGGGAUAAAGCGAAUGCUCGUGAACGUCGUCGAAUGAACAGUCUAAAUGAUGCGUUGGAGCAUCUUCGUACGCUGUUGCCUACAGAACCAGAAGAACCCAAAAUGACAAAGAUAGAAACACUUCGAGUCGCUCAAGGGUACGUUUCUAACCCUUUCCGUAAUUUUUGA